CAUCGGGAAUUUUAAUUGGUCUUAAUCGCUCGAGUGUUCCUCCCAACCAGAACAUUCCCCCCCAGAGCAGGAAGGUCCGAACAUUUGUACUACAGACAGGACAAAAAAGGUAGGUCUUUAUAACAUUUCAACAUGAACAUUUUGAAGCCAUUAUUUAAAAAAAUGUCUUUUCUGUUCAUUUAUGCUUCAGUAUAAUGGGGAUUCCGCCACUGUAGAUGCUUUAAAUUGCCCUCAAGCGAGACCGACACGAGCAGACAGAUUGCAGUUAAUGUUAAUGGGGGUCAUUUGGCUGUCUCCACCGCUUCCCCUAACAGAGAAGCGAGCCCAGCGCAUUGUGUCACACAAAAACGGAAACUUUUAUGUCCUUUUAAAAGGUACGGACACAAUGGAAGUGAAGGUGUCUGUGGACGGUAUCCCACGUGUGGUCUGUGGAGUCACAGAAGAAACAACAUGCCAAGAAGUGGUCAUAGCUUUGGCCCAAGCCCUGGGUCAGCCUGGACGCUACACUCUACGGGAGACAUUUAAAGACUUUGAGAGAUGCAUGACGCCCAGUGAGCGCCUUCUGGAGACUCUUGAAAAAUACGGCGAGCAGGCCAGGGAGGUCCAGCUCACGCUGCUCCACAACGGGCCGUCGGCCUUGGAUGAAAUGAGCAGGACGAAAGUUGGCAGAUACCAGCCCUGCCCGCCGCUGAGGAGAAAAGAUGCAGGCACCAGAGUGCGGCGGGGCAGCGGUUCACUAGGCUUGCAUCGCCGAAGCUUGCCGCCCAUGUCCUCUUUGAGACAAGAGGCUGAGCAGCAAAAGGAGGACUUGAAACGGCCUAAGAGAAAGUCUCUGACGCUCAUGGAGGAGGCCUGGGAAUGGCUGGAGAGUCUGGGUAAAGGCAAGGUCUACAGCACUGCUUGUGACAAGGAAAGCAGCAAGAGGACUGACAAAAGGAAUCGAACCUCUCUGGAUGUUUCUCUCGCUUUCGACAGCGACAGCUCCGGUUGGAGCAGUAGAAGCAAAGUGAGAGGUCAGAAGAGUUUAAAGUCAGACCUGGAUCAACAGACAUCCUGCUGCAUGGGAAGUCCGGCAAGGGGUAAAGAAAGCAAGCACGGCAAGAGAACUCCAGAGGCAAAAUUGGAUGACCUGCCCAGCUCGUGCUGUGCUACAGCCGAAGAUGAGAAAAAUAGUCUCAGAGAAACGAUAAUAUUUCAGCUCGGCUGUCUGCAGGAUUUACAGGCCCAGAUAGCACACAUAGACAGAGAGAUUUUUGAGCUCGAGGAAAAACAGAGGGCCACAAAAGCUGUGCAGGAAGCCCAGCAGCGGACGGCUGAAGAGGAGAUGGAGCAGAUCAAGUUUUGGGAGAAUGAACUGAAGGCAGAGGAAGGUUACGAGAAGGAGUUGCAGCAUCAGUUCCUUGAGAUGAGGGCAAAGGCUGUGGAGUGCAAGCACAGACUGGAGGAUUACAGGCACAAAAUGCAGGGGCUGGAUUUCUUCGCAUCUCAGAAUGUUGCUCAGGGGGAUUCAGAGACGGCCUCAGAAGUUGGCGCGUGUACAACUGCCACUGGAACUUGGCAACAGUCUGAUCCAGAUCAGGAUGUAAAUAUUAACAGGAAGUCCCUGCCCAGAGGAGACUUAAAGCCCCCUGAUGCUCUGGUUCCGCCCAGCCAGAUAAAGGAGCGACGGCCCACAGGUCCCACUGAGCUGAGGGAGUGGUGGUCACGCUGGUCUGAGGCCCAAGGCUCUCAAACACAGACUAAACAGAAGGUGAUUCAUCGCUCCGAGCUCACCAUAUAUCUGGGCAGUACAAAGGUUUAGAAUCAAAUCAACGAGGUCACAAACACCUCGUUUUGAGUGUGUGAAUCCAAUUCUUGCUGCUGUUCGCGUGUUUGCUAAUGUGAAAGUGGGUGCACCACGGUGCCUGUUGCUCCAUCCCAGAGGCUUCACUUUGUUUUAGUCAUGCGAGGGGGCCCCCUGGUGGGUCAGUGGGUUCCGGAUCAGACAUGGGUCCCUUUGAUCAACAGUGGAAACUAGUGCAGAUAAGCUGAAUUCAAAAUCUGCGGCCAAGCAUGUCAAUAAUGUAAUUCUUUGUUGUUGUUUUUCUACAUACCACCUUUGUACAUAUUUUACUUUAACCCACAGUGAAACUAAAUUCACAAACUUCAACACUGUACAUUUUAUUGUAUAUAAUAAUCUGCAAGACACGCUUCUUUGCCCUUGCUCACUAAAGUUAAAUUGUGGAAUAUAUUGUACAUCUUAUACCCAUAAUGGAAGCAAGGGAAAUCAAAAGGAGACUACCAUUGCCUUUGCUUCGUAUAAACUAGAAAUUUAAUUUUGACUAGCAGACAGCACUCGUCUGGGCAUUUUGCCCAAGAACUUUCUAAAUGAGUUUCAUGCUGGAGGACUGUGCCUCCAAGGACUCCAGUAAGGACUUGAGAAAAAUGUACUGGAAUCUGUAUGUGUUCCGUUUCUCAUAACACAACAAUGUACCUCAAGAGAGCCUUCAUAAAGUAUCCAUAUUGGGACGAGUGGACUGAAAGCUUUGAAUGAGCUUCAUCUCUGGUGAAUUUGUGUAGUCAUCAGCUGAGAAGUUGCUGUUGGCAUUUCCCUGUGGAGGACUCAACUAUGCAUAUGCUCUCUGCAUUAAUCACAAUGCAGAGUGCAAGACUGUCUUUUACAAAAAAGGUUAUUUCUUCCUCUCAAGUGAACAGUUUGAGUACAACCUUGGUCCACACAAUACAACUGUUUUCACAAAUGUGUUCCGAAGUCUUUUUAUUCACUCUUAAAGCAGACUUUCCACCUCUGAAAUAAAAAGACAAUUACAAAACUGCUCAUGAUUUUCAUAAAACUUUAAUUCAAUUGUUUCAUUCAAGACCAUUAACAAAAGUACAUGAGAACCUCUGUACGUAGCUCAACUGAAACCCAGUGAUCUCCAAAGUUGAAAUUAAUUGUUGUAACUUAAUGUGCAGAGGCACAACAGCUCACCCACUAUGUCUCAAGAGCACAUUGACCGAUAUCCUGAUUCUUAAUGUUUUUUUAAUUUUUUUAUUUAUUUAUUUUUUAGACUGAAUUUCUAAUACUUUGCCUUUCACCUUCAAGUUAAAUUUGUUUCAUUAUAUCUGAAGUUUGAACUUUCACUAAGAAAAAAAGCACACAUUACAUACAGUAUAGUUCAACCCACAGGUUUGGGAUGCAUAUCAGUAUUAUUUCUACUAGAAAAGAAAACCACCCUAAGAUUGUUCUGAAUAUUUUGGCGGUUGGCUGGGAACAGAGGAUACAUCUAAUUUUGUUUUUUUCUUUUUUUUUCCAUUUUGCUUGUAGUUUUUUUAGGCACCUUAUUCUUACUUAAUUCAAUAUUAGCAGAUUGAGUUUCAAUGGAAAAAAAAGCAAAAAUAUGUGCAAGAAAAAAAAAAA